CCUCACAAUAACAGAACAAAACAACCCUAUACCUACUUCUUUUCACUUCUCUUUCUCUCGUUCCAUUUCAAUAACAAGAAGAAAGUUGCAGACUUGUGAAAACGGCCCCCGGAAAGAAAAACAAUGUGUAGCUCCGACGGAGAUUGCAGGCCUUUGGGUUUCCUUCUGGGUCUUCCCUUCGCCUUCCUCUCUCUUAUCCUUUCCGCUGUCGGCCUCGUCGUCUGGAUCAUCGGAUUGUUGUUGACAUGUAUAUGCCCUUGCUGCUUGUGCCUGACGGUGAUAGUGGAGCUUGCUCUGGAGUUGGUGAAGGCUCCAUUACAUGUCAUGGAGUGGUUCACUUCUCAGAUCCCUUGUUAAGAUUUCUGUUUGUUCCAGCCAUUUCUGAUUUAUAACCAACCUCUUGUUCAUAUAUACAUGUGUGUGUGUGUUUUUUUUUGGGGGGGGGGGGUUUAAGUUAUUGUUGAUCUUUGUGGUUUCUGGGUUUAUCUGGAAAACUAUUGCUUAAUUCAUCGAAUUCCAGUAGCACAAUAACGAAAUUGCGGAUUUCCACUUCGGUUUGUUCUGUCUGUUUUGCAUUUGCCAUUGCUGACCGAGGAAACAAACGGCCACAGUUUCUGUAACGAACAACUUCCGUUUGAUCUUCAUCACCAAUACAAUGAUGUGAAUCUGUUUCCAAGGGAAAAUUGGAUAUUAUUGUAUAGAGUCUGCCUUUUUAUAUGUGUGGGUAUAUGGGUGUGUGUAUAAUCUUUCAUAAUAUACGAUUGCAAACAGUACA